AUGGCUGGACUGUUCGGCACAUCCUCCGCUGCGGCCGCGAGUAACACCAUAGGGGACCUCAAGAACGAUGUCGCCAUCUCCAACCCUCCCGAGGACACCAUUUCCGACCUGACCUUCUCUCCCGCCGCGAAUAUCAUGGCCGUCGCCAGUUGGGACAAGAAGGUGCGGAUAUACCAGAUAUCGGAUCAAGGAGCCAGUGAGGGAAAACACAUCUACGAACACGAAGCGCCAGUUCUGAGCGUAGACUUCUCCAAGGAUGGCCAAAAACUCGUUUCGGCCGGAGCCGACAAGCAAGCCAAGGUCUGCGAUCUUCAGACCCUCCAGUCCGCACAAGUUGCGCAGCACGACCAGACAGUCAGAGCCGCCCGCUUCUUCGAGCUGCCCAACUCGAACGGCCCCAUGCUGGUAACGGGUUCGUGGGACAAGACCGUCAAGUAUUGGGAUCUGCGGCAGAGCACCCCGGUUGCAAGCAUUACGUGCCAGGAACGUGUCUACUCCAUGGACGUGCGCAACUCACUUCUCGUCAUUGGCACCGCCGACCGAUACAUCAAUGUUGUCAACCUCCAGGACCCCAUGAAAUUCUACAAGACACUGCAGAGCCCGCUCAAAUGGCAAACACGUGUGGUCAGCUGCUUCACCGAUGCAUCAGGUUUUGCGAUUGGUAGCAUUGAGGGACGUUGUGCGAUCCAAUACGUCGAGGACAAGGACUCGGGCUCCAAUUUCUCAUUCAAGUGUCAUCGCGAUCCGCCUACAGGCAACGUCACUCAGGUGUAUUCCGUCAAUGACAUCUCAUUCCACCCUCAGCAUGGCACUUUCAGUACUGCUGGUAGUGACGGCACUUUCCAUUUCUGGGAUAAGGACGCCAAGCACAGACUGAAGGGCUACCCAUCCGUCGGUGGAAGCAUCACAGCGACGACAUUCAACAGCGCCGGCAACAUAUUCGCCUAUGCUGUCGGGUACGACUGGAGCAAGGGCUUCGCUGGCAAUAACCAGAACUAUCCCAACAAGGUGAUGCUACAUCCCAUAGUAGGCGAUGAAUGCAAGCCCAGGCCUAGUGUUAAGAAGCGGUAG